AUGCACCGUAUCGACGUAGAAGAAGUCGGGCUGAGCGUACACCCGAUCCCGUCUUCCGACGGCGUAAUCGUUCGAGUACAACCGCCGGCAAAGCCAAACGGGCCAAAACUUCGUCAUGUCCCGUGCGAUAUCGUGUUGGUUAUUGAUGUCUCGAGUAGUAUGGGUGCCCCGGCUCCCACCAAGAUGAACGGAGAAGACGGGAAACCCAGCUCUGAGCACUUCGGGUUGUCCGUCAUGGACCUCACGAAACAUGCCGCACGUACCAUCCUCUCAACCCUCGACGAAGGGGACAGACUCGGGAUCGUCACCUUCAGCACCAACGCGAGGAUCGUCCAGAAGCUACAGCCGAUGACAGAGAAGAACAAGGCGCUCGCCGAAUCUAGGAUCGAGGCGUUGGCCCCCGAUAUGAUGACCAACCUCUGGCACGGCAUCCAGUCGGGGCUCAGCCUCUUCCCCUCUCAGCAGAGCACGGAACGCGUGCCCGCCGUCAUGAUCCUAACAGACGGGCAGCCUAACCACAUCUUUGGGGCCCUCCCGACUACCCUCCACACAUUCGGCUUCGGCUACGACAUCAAGUCGGGAUUGCUGAAGUCCAUUGCCGAGGUCGGCAGGGGUAACUACGCCUUUAUCCCCGACGCCGGCAUGAUAGGAACGGUAUUUGUCCACGCGAUCGCGCAUCUCCAGUCCACAUACGCGACAAGAUGCACCCUCGAAAUCACGACCCCCAAGAGUGUGAACCUGAGGACGACGGCCGGCAAGACCAUCGAUAAACAAGUACGAGAGGAAGAGACGUGCAAUAAGAUCACCAUCGACCUCGGGAACCUUCAAUACGGCCAGUCUCGGGACAUAUAUCUCGAGAAUGUCAACGGCGAGGGCGGCAAGGCCUCAUUUGGGGCGCCUAGCGACGAGAAGCUUUUCAUCGACGCCAAGCUCGAGUAUUCGCGGGUAGGCGCCACGGAAUCGUGUGCCUUCGCCCAGCAAAAUCUCUUAGCGGGUGCCGACCUCCCCGCGGCCGAAAUCGCUUACCACCAGAGCCGAUCGAGGGUGUGCGAUUUCCUAUCCUCGCUAUUCCCGCUCCGGAAGGACGGGGAGUAUCAGACGCGGAAAGAAGCCGACCCGAGGCGCUACAAGGGCGACUUCGACCUCCUGCUAGCGAGUAUCCCGGCGAGGAACUUUGACGACGAGUACAACAAAUCCCUGAUGGAGGACCUAGUGGGCGAGUCCCCGUCCGGGCAGGUGAGCCUGGCGCUGUCGAACGGCGAAUACUUCAAGAAAUGGGGUUGCCAUUAUUUCUUCAGCCUGUGGAACGCGCACGCGAAACAACUGUGCAACUCCUUCAAGGACCCCGGCCCCUUGAUGUACAACCGGAACGAAUUCUUCGCGCAGUGCCGAGACGCGCUCGACCGGGCUUUCGACACCCUCCCGCCACCUACGCCGUCCUGCUCCAACUUCGCCACCACGGGCCUGAUCGACAUGACGCGGCUCAACCGCCGGUACGAGCCUUGCUUCGCGGCCUCGAGCACGGUCGCGAUGGACGACGGCGCCAGGAAACCCAUCCUGGAGGUCAAGCGGGGCUCGAGAGUGCUCACGCCGGCGGGGACCCGGGCGGUGGCGGCAGUGCUGUACACGCCUGUAAGCGAGAUCCCCAUGUGCCGGGUUGGCAGCCUUGUCGUCACGCCCUGGCACCCGGUCAGGGCCAGCUCUGGCGAAUGGUUCUUCCCGGCGCAACCGCCCUGUGUCUACGCGGAACCACAGGUGGUGCUAUACUCCGGGACCAUCGUUUCGGUGCUCCUGGAACCGGACGCGGACAGCGACGCUCACGCGAUACUGGUCGACGGGGUCUGGGGCGUGACGCUCGGGCAUGGACUGGUGCGGGACAGCGGGGAUGUACGCGCGCACCCGUUCUUGGGCGACUACCGAAAAGUGGUGAAGGCGAUGGCGAAGCUGCAGCCGAGAGAAGAAGACGGGGUCGCGAUCACGGGCGGGGUUCUGCGACGGGAUUCGGACGGUCUCGUUUGCGGGUUCCGGCCGCCCGACCGACCGUGUCUUCCUGGUGCGCGGGAGAAGAUGGUGGCAGGUUAA